AUGAUAGUUACCCCUCGAUUGGCUUCACGACUCAAUACUAGCGAGGGCGGUAUCGGUGGUGGUCGUUGCCAUCGUUGCAACGCCAUCGAUUCCAUUACCACCACCAGUGGCGGCAGCAACAGCAACAGUACGGAUCGUUACGACGAACGUACCCUGUACGAACAACGUGCAACCGGAACAUCGCGUCGGGGCAACGGUAACAUCUGCCGCAGCAACUUGUUGAUCGGUAGUGACAGCGGCGUACCGUUCGGCGAUACCAUCACACUGCACCAGACUGCGGUCGAAGGACAGGACGUGCUCGGGAAGGGCAUAAUUCGGAGAGCGAAGGUGGAAAGUUUACCGUGCGGUGGCAGUUUCAGUUGCAACACACUAACGGCGGCAGCGAUCGAAGAUCGUUCGGCAACUGGGUACGGCGAUCGUUACCCGGCCAGAGCACAGCAACCGGUCGACCGGUCGAGCGGUGGUGCGGGCGCAGGUGACGUGUUCGGCGGUGGGAUUUCCGCAACCGGCAACACGUACCGAACCGGCGCAACGGAAGAAGCGGCGGCAACGUUUGCGGAAGUUGCACGUCCCGGUGGUGGCAGUGCGGUUGGCAGAGAAGUAGCGGCGGGAUACGAAGGGAGUGUGGGUGGUGGUGGUGGCGGCGGAGGAGGUAUCGGAGAAGGACGAGUGAGACGCGGUUCGACGACGAACGCCCAACGGCAGCAGCCACAGCAGCAGCAGCAGCAGCAGGAACCGCUGGUGGAUCCGAAAACGGCCAGUGGCGAUAGUGGUGGUGGCGGUGGUGGUGGUGGUGGAGGUGGCGGAGGAUUGGGCGGUGGUGGCGGUGGUGUUGGGUACAGUGAAGCCGCAGCGCUGCAAGAGGGCGUACACAUCGUGCUGCCGGUGGCCUCGUACGUUGGGGUAGUGGGAAGCGGUCGGUCCCAGUACGGGCAGGGUGUUGGAGAGUCCGGUCCGGCAGUGGACGAUCCGAUCGGUGGGAUUGUGGUAGUGCAGAGCGGUGACUGUACCAGCAGUGCCGGUAGUAGCGGCGGUGGCAGCAGCGGUGCAGACGGUGUUGGGGGCAGUGGUAUUAUCAGUGGCAAUAGCGGUGCUGGCAGUAGCGCUAGCUGCAGCAGUACGUCGAGCGGCGGUAACGGCAUUGCCGGUUCGGUGGUGGUGCCGGAAGUGCUCGGCGGUAGCUCACAGUACGGUUCGAUCGGUACCGGGCGGGGGGAAGCGGGUCGCGACAGCAAGGAUCGGGAGGACGAGGGUGGCUCGAGUGGGAGCGGGGGGAGCGGCAAGCGCAUCCUUGCCGUGAACCGGAACAUCGACGAUCUGCUGUUCGGCAGCGAUCUCGACUCGCUGAUCAACGACAAUAUCAUUUAUGGCUUCAAAUCGCUAAAGGUGAGCCGUGCCCAGUCACAGGAUCAGCUGGACUAUCAGCAACAGCAGCAACAGCCGUUCUAUCAUCAUUACCAUACGAAUCCGCUGCAUUUGCAACAGCAUUUACUGCAACAGCAGGUCCCGAACACCACGACAACGCUCGGCUACCAACCGUACCAGCCGCAGCAACCACCAUCGCAGCACCUUCAUCCCGGUCAUCAUCAACAGCAGCAGCAACAGCAAUCACACAUUAGUCACUGGAUUGAAUCGGAAAUUAGAGCAAGCGCCAGUAGCAACAGCAGCACCAUGUUGGCCGAUAAAGCGAAACAGAAAUUGGCUGCACAGUUCGCAUCCGGCAAUGUUCCUGACUCAACGCGGCAAAGGCAUCAUGCGCCGCUCUACGGAAGACUGGUUACAGAAGAACAUUUACCUGCCGUACAUCGUGAUAUACACCAGCGUUCGAUAAGCCCCACAUCAUCGACCGAUAUUCGGGCGAUGGAAGCCCGGAUACCGGUGCUUUUUCGAGAUCCAGCUACGGCCCCCCUGCGAAAGUUGAGCGUCGACCUGAUCAAAACCUACAAACAUAUAAACGAGGUUUACUAUGCCAAAAAGAAGCGAAGAGCUCAGCAGACCCAGGGUGAGGACACGUCCCACAAAAAGGAGCGGAAGCUGUACAACGAUGGCUACGACGACGAGAAUCAUGACUAUAUCAUUAAGAAUGGCGAGAAGUUUCUCGACCGAUAUGAGAUCGAUUCGCUAAUCGGCAAGGGAAGCUUCGGACAGGUGGUGAAAGCGUUUGACCACGAGGAACGCUGUCAGGUGGCGAUCAAAAUCAUCAAAAACAAAAAACCCUUCCUAAAUCAAGCACAAAUUGAGGUGAAGCUGCUAGAAAUGAUGAACCGAGCGGAUGCGGAAAAUAAGUACUAUAUCGUUAAGCUAAAACGACACUUUAUGUGGCGAAAUCAUCUAUGUUUAGUAUUCGAACUGUUAUCCUAUAAUUUAUUCGAUCUACUGCGCAAUACAAACUUCCGCGGCGUAUCACUGAACCUGACGAAAAAGUUUGCCCAGCAAUUAUGUACGGCGUUAUUAUUUUUAAGUACACCAGAAUUAAAUAUCAUACACUGUGAUUUGAAACCUGAAAAUAUACUACUUUGUAACCCAAAACGAUCAGCAAUUAAGAUAGUGGAUUUCGGCAGCUCCUGUCAGUUGGGACAGCGGAUAUAUCAGUACAUACAAUCACGCUUCUACCGGUCGCCAGAAGUACUGCUGGGUAUACCGUACGAUUUAGCAAUCGAUAUGUGGUCGCUUGGCUGCAUCCUAGUGGAGAUGCACACCGGUGAGCCACUGUUUUCCGGGUCGAAUGAAGCCGACCAAAUUAACCGGAUCGUGGAGGUGCUGGGUAUGCCGCCGAAGCACAUCCUCGACCAGGCGCACAAAACACGCAAAUUCUUCGAGAAACUCCCGUCGGACGGUAGCUACGUGCUGCGGAAGACACAAAACCAGCGAAAAUACAAACCGCCCGGUUCGCGCAAGCUGCACGACAUUUUGGGCGUCGAGACGGGCGGGCCGGGUGGCAGACGGCACGGCGAACCGGGCCACAGCGUAUCGGACUAUCUUAAGUUUAAGGACCUCAUCCUAAGAAUGCUGGACUACGACCCGAAGACGCGGGUCACACCGUACUAUGCCUUGCAACAUAACUUCUUCAAGCGAACCUCGGAUGAAAGCACCAACACAGCCAACACGAUCAGCUCGCUCAGCACGAGCCCAUCGGUCAGCACGCAAGAUCAACCCAGCCAUGGUCUAUCAUUACACCAGCAACAAUCGUCACAGCCACAAAACCUACAGCAAACACAACCAAAAUCACAACAACAGCAGCAGCAGCAGCAGCAACAAACGCUUGUUCUACUGGCACAACCAGCAUCGGUCGGAGCGAAUGGGACGCACGGCGUCAGCAGUGCCAGUGCCGUGACCGGUAAUGGUGCCAUCACUGCAAGCAGUAGCGUUAGCAGUGGUAGUGCUACGAGUGUGAUAGUACCGAGCAGCAGCAAUACGAUCGGGUCCGCUAAUGUAUCGUCCACGUCUUAUCCGCUCGCCAUGGAUUGUGACCCACCCGUGACGUCUAACCACAGCCAGUCCAUCGGUCAUCAUGCGGGUGCAUCCGCGGGCCGAUAUCCAGGCACUGCUGUUGCUGCGUCAGGUGCAGCACCAUCACACUAUCACCGGAGUCGAUACUUAGCUCAGCAGCAGCAACAACAACAACAACAAGGUCAACAUUUGCAAAAUUCAGCUACCCACUUAGGAGGCACGUCCGCGGCGCCAGGUGUGCUGGUUGGUGGUGUACACAAAAGUUACGCACCUGCUUCGUUACCACUCGAUCUCGGGACCCAUAUGUCUUCGUCGCUCGGAGGGCUUGUCAUACCGGAUCACCACUCAGCGGCAACUACCAUAUCCGGUAGCUUUCUGGCCCACAAUUUACCGAUGGGUGGUGGUGUCCCCGGUAGUAUAGGCGGUAUGACGGUGGGAUCGGCCGGUUAUGCACCUUUUUCGAUGAAUGAUGCGAUGCUGAUGGCGGCAGCCGGUGCCAGCAUAAAUCCGGCAAACAUGGGUCCACACGGCGGUGCCAACAGUUUAGGCGUGAUCGGUGGUCCAAUUGGUUCGAGUUCCGGCGCCGGCCCAUCCUCGCUUAUCGUCGGAUCAUCAACGGCAGCGGCGGCUGCAGCGGCAGCAGCAGCAGCAGCGGCGGCCGCCGCCGUCAGUGUCAGUGGCAGUAGCCAUCAUCUCAUCGGCAGUACUGGAAGUAGCAUUAGCAACAGUAGUAGUAGUAGUAGUAGCAACAAUGGUGGAGGUGGGACAGGUGGUGUAGGGUCGGGAACCGCCAGUGGUGGUAGCGGUGGUUCGGGUGGAAACGGAACAGUUAGCAGUAGUACGAAAGGUCACGGUCGUGGACCGCCGAGUGCACCGAGCGAUCGGGAUGAAUCGUCUCCUAUGGUUGGCGUUUGCGUACAACCGAGUCCAGUUAUCAUUCACUGA